AUGCCGGGGAUAGUGGAGCUGCCCACUCUAGAGGAGCUGAAAGUAGAUGAGGUGAAAAUUAGUUCUGCUGUGCUUAAAGCUGCGGCCCAUCACUAUGGAGCUCAAUGUGAUAAGCCCAACAAGGAGUUUAUGCUCUGCCGCUGGGAAGAGAAAGAUCCGAGGCGGUGUUUAGAGGAAGGCAAACUGGUCAACAAGUGUGCUUUGGACUUCUUUAGGCAGAUAAAACGUCACUGUGCAGAGCCUUUUACAGAAUAUUGGACUUGCAUUGAUUAUACUGGCCAGCAGUUAUUUCGUCACUGUCGCAAACAGCAGGCAAAGUUUGACGAGUGUGUGCUGGACAAACUGGGCUGGGUGCGGCCUGACCUGGGAGAACUGUCAAAGGUCACCAAAGUGAAAACAGAUCGACCUUUACCGGAGAAUCCCUAUCACUCAAGACCAAGACCGGAUCCCAGCCCUGAGAUCGAGGGAGAUCUGCAGCCUGCCACACAUGGCAGCCGCUUUUAUUUCUGGACCAAGUAA